AGAAAAUAUAUGCUCUGCUUGAAGGUAGUAGACUGGAGAGUUUCUACAAUAAAUUUCUUGAACUUGGUGUGAAAGAUGAGAAGGACUUCAUUGAUAGCAUUGAUGAUGAAACCUUAAAAGAAAUGGGGUUAAGUCAAGUGGAGAAGAAGAGAUUUGAAAUUAUGCGGACACGCAUUGGAAAGCUUGGAAACGUUAAAAAGUCAAUGCAGAAUUUCAGUGUGAAAUACACAUUCCCCAAAUGUUCUGAGCUCCGGGAGAUCAAUGACAUGGAUCCAUCUCAGAACACACUGGAGGAUCUGAUGCUCCGGAUUGCCAUUCAGGAAAACAUCGGAACUGACAAAGCUGUGUGUCUAUACACAGUGGAUGGAAUGCCUUUGACAGAUGAUUCUUUCUUCAACACAUGGUGUUUCAAUGACAGACACAUUGAAAACGGAAAUGAGAUUUAUGCCAUAUUCACACCCAAGGAGAACAUACAGACUCCAGUUAAAAGCAACCCACAGUCCAGACAGGUCCCUGGGGCUGACACUGUCCGGUGCCACAUCAUGCUCAAGGGAGACUAUGAAAUCAAAGUAAACUUGGACACAGACAACCUACAAGACCUGAGAAAAGAGCUGUCUAAUGAAACAGGAAUACCAGCACAUGUCCUGCAUGCCAAAGAUGAGGAAGAAGGUGGUGGCACACCCUUGAAAGAUCUUGGCAUCAGCAGUCAGUCAAUUCUGCAUUUCUCCCUUUCGUCACUCAAUGACAAGUAUCAGGAUAAGGCAGUGUUCUUCAACAGUGAUAUUUCAGCUUCCAUCCCACAGACAAAGACAGGAAUGAGUGUUUUCUUCUCAGCCUUAUAUGCCAUUCACAUGCAGCAUUCAGAUGAGCAGUUUCUGAAGGUCAUCGCAUACAUACGGAAGCUCACCGGAUGCAAUGCAUUAGCCCUGGCUUUAUAUCAGAUAAUGUGCAAGGGUGAAUUUGGGACCAGGAACCAGAAGAUUGCAGUCGUGGAGGGACUCUACCUUCUCUUCAGAGAACUGUUACCCAGUUUAACCAAGAGGAAUGGUCUGAGGGUGAUUGAAGAUCAUGAGGUUUUUGAAUACUCAACAAUUUGCUGGGCCUACCUGAUGUCUCAAGCUGAGGAAAACAGCCAACAUUCGGAAGUAUAUGCUGCAAUGCGGCUGACAUGUGAAGGAUCAGGCAGUAACCUAUGUGAGCCAGUUCAGAUUCCUGGGAUCGCAUCCGUUUAUGAGAGAGCAUUUAUUCUGGACAAAAUAAGGGAUGAACAAAGAAUUCCAAAUUGCACUGAAGACAGCCUAAAGGAAACAUCACUCCAGAGGGCCAGAAAUAUUGAGAAGAUUUUACUGAGCCUUCCUCGCCAGACUCAGUACUUUCACCAGUGGAUCGCCUAUGAUUGUGGUCAUGGUCACAACUUUCAGGUCAAUCCAGAGAAGACAUAUGAGGAGAUGGCUGAUGGGUUGUCAGCGUAUUCUCACCUGGAACUGACUCCACCUUUGCAACUGAAGAAUUUAGGAAUGGAAGGGCCCCGUCUCAUUCUCAUAGACGAAGAUAACUGUGCAGUUUAUCUGAGACAAAACAAAGGACAACAAUCACUGGUCCAGGUUUUUGAUUGUCUCGCCGGGAAAGAAAAGGCUGUCGAUGUGAUUGAACUGGCAAAUCGACUCAAAGAUGCCAGAACAGACCAGACAUACAAAAUCGGUGGGGUGCCAGAAGAGGCAAUAAUGGUUCUUGUUGAUGCAAGCUCUUCAAUGGCGGAUGUAUGCUACGAACAGGAUCAGACACGGAGCAGGAUGGAUGUUGUGAAGCAGCUCUUCCUGGCUUUCAUGGCAAGGACCAGCGCAUACUCAUUUCAUCAUAUCAUUGGUCUGGUUAAGUUUGGAGGAUGCUGCCUGGACUUUCAUGAGUUCACAGAGACUGUUGGAGUUUUUCAGAGGUAUGUCAACAGUCUUGAAGCCUGUGGAUGCACUCCCCUGUACGAUGCCUUGAAUCUUGGAAUUUCCAAGCUGAGCGAUGUCAAGAAGAAAUUUCCAGACUGCAGACUCCGCAUGCUGUGCCUCAGUGAUGGGAAUGAUGAAGGUUCUAGCCGUGAUCCUGUCAAAGUUGCAGUCAGGCUGAUUGACGCCCACAUUGUAGUGGACACUGUCAUCCUUGGAGGAGAGGAAAACAGUGUCCUGCAUGGAAUCAGCAAUGUGACAGGAGGUUGCUGUUUCAAACCAGAGAUGGGUAAAGAGGCAUUAAAACUCUUUGAAAUGGAAACUGUCCUGUCUUUGAAAGGAAGGAAACUGAAGAAAAAACAUGUGGCAUCCUCUAUCAAAGGACUGGCUGAUUUGUCUGGCAUUUUGCAAGGAAAGGGCUAUGACAAGGAACCGGAGGUUUUACUCCCUAAAGAGGUCAAUGACAAAGUGACGUUGCCACUAAUUGCUUUGCAUAAUGCACCCAAGCAAACCAAAAUGAUGAGCAGGGAGAGACGAAUUCUGGAUGAGCUGAGGAGUCUGCACGUGGAUCCCCAUCCGUACUGCACAGUGUUUCCCUCUGAGACCGACUUCAGUUUCUGGAAGAUUCUGAUGUCGGGGCCUCCUGAUACACCAUAUGAAAAAGGAAAUUUUGAGCUCUACUGCCAAUUUGGGGCAGAUUACCCCCUCAAACCCCCUCAAGUGCGUUUCCUCACUCCUAUCCACCACUGCAAUGUGAACAGUAUCGGACGUAUCUGUCACAAUAUAUUUGAUCGGAACUACUCUGCAAACGUAACAAUGAAAGAGAUUCUGGAUUCAGUGUUUGGACUCUUGAUCGCAGCUGAGCCGGAUGAUCCUUUGGACAGGUAAACUACUCAGGUGUAUGUAUCAGCCUCUCAGCCUGAAUCACGGUCUGUUUCCUGACUUCCGACUGUCAUGGUUUUAGCCGGCUCCGUUAUUUUACGGGUAUUGCAGGUGCAUCUGCUCUAAUUAAGGCCUGUCUUCCCUCGACUCUGGGCUUUUUAGUGUCACUUCCUGUAA